AUGGAGGAAACAGGGAGAAGAAUCUCCAAGGCGAAAGGAUCGGUGGCACAGCAGCCGAGAAAUUUAAUCGCAAGGACGGACAGCUACCUGCCCCUGCUGGAUUCCGGCGACGAGGAGGAGGCGAUGGGGAGUGUAAAAGAAGGGGAGCUCUCCUCGCCAGCUGCAGUUCCUAAUGGCCGGGUUGGGCAAGGGAAAGGAUCACCGUGGAGGUUAGUCGGGAAGCUGCUCUCACAGAUGAGCCCUAGGAAGGACGAAAAGCAGCCGGAGGAUAAGGAGAAGAAAGUGGCGGGAAAACAAUGGAAGGUAGAGAAGGGGGAGAAGCAGAAGAAGAGGUCCUCCUGGCUGCCUGAUCCAGAGAAGAGAUGGCCUGUCCAAGGAUGGUAG